AUGCCCUACCCCGAUGGCAUCCCCGGUGUGCCGGGCUCUGCCCCGCAGCAGCAGCCGCCUCUCGACCCUGCAGCUAUCAAACUGACCCGGGGCACCAGCUGUGUACUCUGUCAGCAGCGCAAGGUCCGCUGCGACAAGAACAAGCCCUGUGCCAACUGCGUCAAGGCAAAGGUUGAGUGCCGUGUCAUUCCUCCUCAGCCUCCCCGACGCCGGAAGAAGCGUCUACAAGAGAAAGACUUGAUUGAUCGACUCAAGAAGUAUGAAAGUCUUCUGGCUGAGCAUGGUGUCAAGGUUGAUGCCAUCGGCCAUGAGCUGAGACCUGAUGGACCACCAGGCGAUGAUGUUGACGAGCUGGAGAACGAUUUUGAAGGCCUCAAGACGUCGCCCGAGGCUAGCUCCUCGCCCGCUGCCUCUCAAGUAGAAAAGACCGGCGGUGGAACAUGGUUCUCUCUGCAUAAAGAGUUCCGAGCAAGUGAGCAUAUGCUCCAAGACUCUUCAGAAGACGAGCCUGAAGUUGGCUCUACCAUUCACCGUGCCUUUGACCGCAUGUUUGCAACUGAUGGCUUCCCCUUUAUCAUCGGCGGCCCCCUUGGCCCCAUCACCCAACUUCAUCCUUCUACCAUUCACAUCUUUCAGCUCUGGCAGAUCUACAUCGAAAACAUUAACCCUUUACUCAAGAUUACACACAUCCCUACGGUGCAGGCACAGAUCAUAGAGGCGAGCUCCGACAUUGCAAAUGCACCAAGUAAUAUCGAAGCUCUUAUGUUUUCCAUUUACUUCAUGGCCAUCACGUCUCUGGAGGAUGCCGACGUUUAUAAACGUUUCAACGAGUCCAAGAAAGAACUGCUGGCGAGAUAUCAUUCUGGCACACAGCAAGCUCUCACCAAGGCUGGCUUCAUGCGCGUCAACGACCCCAUCCUCCUACAGGCAUAUAUCCUCUACCUCUUCGCUGUUCGAUGGUUCGUCGACCCUCGACAAGUCUUUUGCCUUAUUGGACUUGCUGUCCGUAUAGCCCAGCGGAUGGGCCUUCACCGGGACCCAGGCCAAUUCGGUCUCCCCCCAUUCGAGGUUGAACAGCGUCGUCGGCUGUGGUGGACCCUUGUUGGGUACGACCGUCGACUGGGGGAAAUGUCUGGAUCAACCGUCACGGCCCUCUCCAGCGGUGGUGACUGCAAACUACCCCUGAAUGUCAACGACUCAGACUUACACGUUGACGGAAAAGAGAUGCCAACACCGCACACAGGACCAACUGAGAUGCUGUUUGCCCUUACGCGCGUUGAGCUUGCCAUGGCUGUCUCGAGUGACAGUAAUCGCGACAGUUACAAGUUAAACAACCCAGACAAGAGCCCGGCGGCUACAUCUGGCUCUCGAUCAACAGCAACCAUCCGUCUUGCUGGCCAGGACGGACCCUCCUAUUCCCUUGAAGGCUACUGCGCACACAUUGAGGGCACAUAUCUCAGUCAAUGCGACCCCAAGAUUCCCCUGCACUUCUUCACUCUCACCAUGACCCGUCAGGCCCUCUGCAAGAUGCGCAUCCUCAGCUUUCUUGUCCGCAUGCACAAUGCCGAUCACGUACCGCUUAAGGAGAUUGAACGAGACAACCUCUUCCUCCAGGCCACGCAGAUGAUCGAGUACGACAAUGUUGUCCAAUCAUCCGAGUCCCUGCGGCCGUUCAAGUGGUACUCGAUGCACCACUUUCCCUUCCCUGCAUACAUGUUUCUCGUGCAGGAGCUGCGUCACCGAGUCUCCGGCCCCAUGGUAGAGCGUGCCUGGGACGCCAUCUCCAAGAACCACCAGCUGCGCGGCUUGCUCAACAACUACCAUAGCCCCAUGCACAUUGCAUUCGGUGGCCAUUUUAUCAAGGCCUGGGACGCACAUGAAGCCGCGCUCAUUGCAGCUGGCAAACCUGUCCAGCGACCCAGCUUCCUCGGGCUUCUGCAAGAGCGUGCUGAAGCCCGUCGUCGUGCCAAGGCCGAGAAUCGUCCUGACCCAGGACUCUCACAACCUCAGAUCGGCGUCCCGCGAUCUCAGGCCGAGACGCCUUCGUCUUCCGCAGGAUUCAACUCAGUCGCUGAUCAGACCGCAUCUGGUUCCAUCGCUGGUGGCCAGCAAGGAUCUGUCGCCUCAAGUGAUGAGCCGGGCGAGAUGGACUGGACCUACCUCAUGUCUGGUUACAACGACGCAGGAACCUAUCCCCCGAUGGGUGGCUUUGGAAGCUUUACCGGGGGGUUCGGCGGAGGCAUGGCUGGUCCUGGUAUGGGAGGUAUGCCUGGCGUGCCUGGGAUGGGAGGCAUGGGAAGUCCACCAGGGGGCAACAUGUUUGGCGGUAACUAG